GCUCUCGCAAUCCCGGGCAAACCCGUCAGCCUACCUGAAGCGAACCAAGGCGGGGCGGCUGCUUUCUUCGUCCCCCCCUCCUCACCUCCCCCAAUGACGUCGCCGCCUGCACGGGCCUUUGGCUAACUCGCUCCCCUCAGCUCCUCCGGACAAAGGACCCAAGUAGUCCCGCCCGGCUCUGCGCGCUCCUUUCCCGGCGACUGUCUCAAGAGGCGGCGGCGGCGGCGGCGGCGGCCAGCUGAGCCGGCGAUCAUCAUGGCUGGGCGCGACCUCUCCUCCCUCGCCCUCUGGCUCCUGCCGGGGCUGCUCGUGGCCUCCGUGGACGCCACCAGCCUCUAUUUCCAAGCAGGGCGGAGCUGCUACAAGCCGCUUCCUCGCAACCUUCCCGGCGUCCGAACCUAUCCUCGACCGCAUGAAUACUUGGAUAUCUCUAAGCUGCCCAAGAGCUGGGAUUGGAGAAACAGAGAUGGCGUCAAUUACGCAAGCACCACCCGAAACCAGCACAUUCCCCAAUACUGUGGAUCCUGCUGGGCUCACGGCAGCACCAGUGCUCUAGCAGACCGCAUAAAUAUCAAGAAGAAAGGGGCCUGGCCCUCAGCAUAUCUCUCUGUUCAAAAUGUGAUUGACUGUGCCAAUGCUGGAUCUUGUGAAGGUGGGGACGACAGUGGCGUGUGGCAAUAUGCUCAUGAACACGGCAUCCCGGAUGAAACCUGCAACAAUUAUCAAGCUAAAGACCAAGACUGCAAGAAAUUUAACCAAUGCGGAACGUGUACCACCUUCGGGGAAUGCCACGUGAUAAAAAAUUACACCCUCUGGAAAGUGGGAGAUUAUGGAUCUGUGAGCGGUCGAGAGAAAAUGAUGGCGGAAAUCUAUGCAAAUGGACCCAUCAGUUGUGGGAUCAUGGCUACCCCAGGCCUGGAAAACUAUACCGGAGGAAUUUAUACUGAAUAUCACUCUUCAUCUUUCAUCAACCACAUUAUCUCUGUUGCUGGUUGGGGUGUGGAAGAUGGAACUGAAUACUGGAUUGUCCGCAACUCAUGGGGCGAGCCAUGGGGUGAAAAGGGCUGGCUGCGCAUUGUGACAAGUACGUAUAAAGGUGGGAGAGGAGCAGACUACAACCUGGCGGUUGAAGAGCAGUGCACAUACGGAGACCCCAUUAUACCUUGAAUUCUUGUGCAAGAACUUUUUCAGCUAGGUUUUUUUUUUUUUAAAGCUUUUGAAAGGGAAAAUUACUUUCUGCAGGGUUGGCUGGCAACCCAUGGACAUGUAAUUAAACUGAGUUUUCAACCUUUUUUUUUUUUUUCUAUUAAAGAUUUUUCAUAAAUUAUCAAGAUGAAUGCACUGAUUCUGCUGAGGAAACCUGGCACUGUUUUUCAAAUGGAAGUGAGCUGCGAUUUAAGCUUUUAUCCUUUUUUAGUCGGGGUUCGGGCCGGGAUAUGGGAGUGAAACUGCAUCUACGCGCUCUUUAGAUUAUCUCUGCUGGGAGCAGGAUGGGCCUCCUACUCCCGGGGCAUAGAAGCAAAAUCACAUCUCACCACCCUUCAAUACCAUCGGUUAUGGCAUCCUUCCGGACUGGUGAAUGACACUGUCUUGGUCUCCUCCUUCCUCUGGGGUCAGUUCCAGUUGAUUUUGGGGGGAGGGGGAGGAUGUAGCCCACAGCCCUUACUUUGUGGGUGCCCCAGGGCUCAGUUCUCUUUCCUCUCCCAGUUGACACGUGAGUGAGGCCUUGCAGGAUGAGGUAAUCCAACGGUUUGUGGUAAGGUAUCAAAAUGCAAACUUUCUAUCUCCCUUCUGGAAAGCCUGAAAGAUGCCAUGGAUUUCGUGUCUCGGUGCUGGGAGAAUGUAAGAGUCUAUAUGGGGCCCAAUGGGCCAAACAAGACAGAGUGGCUUUGGGUCUUUGGGCCUUUCUUCCUGUGAUAAGGUUUUUCACCAGGAGUCCUUAAUUUGGUGGCAUUCGGAUUCACGGCUUCUGCUAGAAAAGCAGAAAAGCAGCCAUGGCCAGGAGGGCCUUUGCACACCUUAGGGUGAUGUCCCUGUUGUGCCUGUGUCUGGAUUGGGAGGCUUUGCUCACAGUCACUCAUGCCCUCAUGACUUCUCUUCUGGACUACGGCAAUGAGCUCUAAAUGGGGCUGCCCUUGAAGAGCAUUCUGAAACUCCCAACUGGUAGAGAAUGCAGCUCCAUGGGGAGUAAAGGGUGUCAAGAUAGUCAACACAUAUAGCACCACUGCUUUGUGAGUAGCAUUGUUUACCAGUAUAUUUCCAAGUGCAAUUCAAGCAUGUUGAAGCCCUACAUCAGGGGUCUCAAACCAAACUCGAUUUCAUUGAGGGCCGCAUCAGAGUUAUAUUUGACUUCGGGAGGAAGGGGUGUGGCCAGCAUGACAACAGUGUCAGGGAGCACCUGUGGUGGCCUGAGUGCUUUGCCUGUGAAAACGGGCUCGUGAGCUCCAUUUUUGGCUGUGAUGGCCUCCUGAACGCUCUGCCAGCGAAAAUGGAGCUCAGGGGUGCAUGUGUGGCCCUCGCGAACUCCAUUUUCGCUGGCAGAAGCACCGCGGGCCGGUCCUUCGCUAUUUCCAGGGUGACACCCCUGCCCGACACGGUUUGAGGCUGCGUUACCUUCGGGACCAUUUUCUCCCAAUCAUUUUUACCCAUCCAACUCAGUCAGACAGGUUGGACAUGUUGCAGGUCCCGUUAGCCAAGGAAUGUCACCUGGCAGAAACCAUGAGAAGAGCCUUCUAGGGCCCUCUGGAAGAUUCUCCCUUCAGGUAUCAGGAUGACCCCAACCCUGUUGGUCUUUCAUUACUGUUGGGCCUUCACACAAACUGUGAAAUUGUGUGUCCAGCCUUGGAGGCCAAAUGUGUUAAUGACUCCAUUCCUGGCUGCGUUAACAUCCAUAGUAGCAGUUUUACUUGGUGCAAUAUAUAUUUUGUACUUUUAAAUUAUUUUAAUGUUUUAUUAUGUACACUACCCAGACUCACUUGAGAGGACAGCUAUAGAAAUAAAAUCAAAUAAAUAAAUAAAUACAUACAUACAUACAUACAUACAAA